AUGAUUUCACGAGCCCGUUCUCUCGUUGUAACCACUCCAAACUCAUGUCUGUUUUCAUCAUCACCAAAACCAAACAGAGACUCUGCUAUUCUGGAAAGGCUACACCACAAGGACUGGUUAACCCCAAAAGAGGUAACCAACCUGGUUAACUCGCUGACUCACCCAUCAUCAGCACUCACACUCUUCAACCUCUACUCUUCCCGCAAGGACUAUAACCCCACCGAACCUUUCUGCACCUCACUCAUCACAAAGCUCGCACAAGCCAAACUCUUCGACCCAAUUCACACCCUCCUCCAAAGACUCAAACUUGAUCAAAACCCACAACAACGACGUCAUUUUUCGGACGAGUUCUUCUUCACCCUCAUAAGGGUCUAUGCCCACGUGUUCAACCGCAUUGACAGAGCCGUUGAAACCCUCUUCGACAUGCCCAGUUUCGGUUCCUGGCCUAGCACCAGAACCUUCAACUCGGUCCUCAACAUCCUCGUGAACGCGAAGCUGUACGAGGUUGCCCACGAGGUUUAUGUCGCGGGGCCCACGAGGUUGGGGGUUGAGGUUGAUGCAUGUUCCUUGAACAUUCUCAUCAAGGGGCUUUGCGGGUGUGGGAAAUUGGAGGAUGCAUUCAAGGUGUUCGAUGAAUUUCCCAAGAUGGGGUGUGAGCCGAAUUUGAGGACUUUCUCGACUUUGAUGCAUGGGUUGUGCGAGAGAGGGAUGGUGGAUGAUGCUUUUGGGUUGUUGGAGAGAAUGGAGAGGAGUGGGGUUUGUGCUGAUGCUGUUGUGUUCAACAUCUUGAUUGGUGGGUUGAGGAAGCAGGGGAGGGUUGAGGAGGGGAAGGAGAUGUUGGAGAGGAUGAUGGGGAAAGGGUGUUACCCCAAUGAAAGUUCUUACCAGGAGGUUUUGUAUGGGUUGCUUGAUGCUCAGAGGUUUUGUGAGGCAAGGGGGGUCAUGGAGAGGAUGGUUUUGAAGGGGUUUGGUCCUAGUUUUGUGUCCUAUAAGGUCAUGAUUAAGGGACUGUGUAAGAGCAAUUUGGUUGGGGAUGUUGAUUGGGCUCUCAGGCAAAUGGUGAAGCAAGGUUUUGUGCCCAGGAUGGGAAUGUGGAAGCAGAUUGUCAAAUGUGUGGUUUCACAAGAAACUGGUUCCGGUUGUGUUUCUUUUGAUGGUAUUUUGAACUAGGAGGAUUAACUUCAUGAUGAAUGAGUGUCUUCUACAGGAAAAUUUCUUCGAUACUCUAUAACGAAA